AUGUUGGACCUCACCAGCUGUGUGUUCUUUGUUCUCUUUGUUGCUGAGUUCAUUCUGGGAAUGCUGGGGAAUGGUUUCAUUGGCUGGGUCAAUGGCAGGAUCUGGUUGAUGGGCCAAAGACUCUCUUUAUCUGACUUUGUCAUCACUCUCUUGAUUUUAUCCAGGAUCAUUCUGCUGUGCAUCCUCUUCGCAGAUUCAAUUUUAGUGGUUUUACUUUCUACAGUGCCUGCUCAUGAUCUAGGCAAACAACUUUUUGAAAUUAUCUGGACAUUUACCAAUGACUUGAGCAUUUGGCUGGUCACCUGCCUCAGUGUCCUCUACUGCCUGAAAAUCGCCAGUUUCUCCCACCCUGCAUUCCUCUGGCUCAAGUGGAGGGUGUCCCGGGUGGUGGUGUGGAUGCUGCUGGGUGCACUGCUCCUGUCCUGUGCCAGCACCAUGUCUCUGGCCUAUGAAUUUAAGAUCUACUCUGUUCUCAGUGACAUUGAUGGUACAAGGAAUAUGACUGAUCACAGUAGAUGGAAAAGCUAUUAUGAACUGAUCCAUGGUAUUGGGAUUCUGUGGAAUGUCCCUUCCCUGCUAGUGGCUGUGGCCUCUUCCUUUCUACUUAUCCUCUCCCUGGGAAGGCACACAAGGCAGAUGCAGCAAAAUGGUAGCAGCUCCAGAGACCCCAGCACUGAAGCCCACUGGAGGGCCAUCAAAAUCAUCCUCUCCUUCCCCAUCCUCUUCCUACUUUACUUUCUUGCCCUUUUGUUGAUAUCAUCUAGACCUCUCCUACCUGAGACUACAACCAUUGAGAUGACUGCCAAACUAAUUAAAAUGUUUUAUCUUUUUGCCCACUCAUUCAUUCUCAUCUUGGGACAAAACAAGCUGAAGCAGAUAUUUUUGGCAAUGCUCAGAUGUCAGCCUGGAGAGCUCACAGAAUUUAUUUCUUCCUAG